AAAGAAAACCACCACCACGCUCCUCCUCCUCCGCAUUAUAUAACGCAGCUACGGGAGAUGCUCAUGACAAAUACACGUACCCAGCAAUAGUUAUACGCAACCACGCGGAGAGCUCCAAUCCACCAGCACGUCGGCGCACCGCUCCCUGCCUCCCCGCCGCGCGCAUACCCUUCGGCGAGUUUUAAGUCCAAGCUGCGUGCAGUGAGAGGGGCGGCGAGACGAGCGGUGGUGGUCGAGGAUGAGCAGGAACGGCGGCAAGGUGUCGAAGCUGGAGAGCCUGCGGCUGAGCCUGUCGAGGGCGCGGGGCGGCGGCGGCGGGCAGUCAUCGACGACGGCGCGGCCGGGCGGCGGCGGCGGGGGCGGGAAUGAUGCAGUCAGCGCGUCCCCGCGGCGGCUGUCGUCGUCUUCGUCGUCCACCGCGUCGCCGCCGAGCUCGUGCGUGUCGUCGGAGGGCAGCCCGGACGCGGCGGCCGGGGCGCCCAUGGUCCUGGCGGGCUGCCCGCGGUGCAUGAUGUACGUGAUGCUGUCCCGGGAGGACCCGCGGUGCCCCCGCUGCCACAGCGCCGUGCUGCUCGACUUCAACGACGACCAGCAGCAGCGCCGCCCGCGCCAGCGCCGGUGAAACCGCCGCCGACCUCAGCUCGUUCCUUCAU